UUAAUGAAACGCGCAAAAGAAGCCGCAACAACGAAAUCAAAGCAAUCUAGUCUGAAUGGAUUUUGUUCAAAAUCUUUAUCCAGCUCUGCUCCUGUUGCCAAAAAAGUGCGAACGGAAAACAUGACAGCUGUUUCGUCACAGUCAGCUUCGCGUUUUGGUUCCCUGAUUGAGGAAUCAUGGCGAAAGGAGCUUGCGAAAGAAUUGAGCUCCUCAUAUUUUCAGAAACUUGAACAGUUUGUUGAUAAGAAACGUCAAUCAAAUCAAGUCUUUCCAGCGCAUGAAGACAUGUUCUCGUGGUCUCAUUUAUGCCCUUUGAAGUCUGUGAAAGUGGUCAUUAUUGGACAAGAUCCAUACCAUGAUUUAAAUCAGGCUCAUGGCCUUUGCUUUAGUGUCAAGAAAGGCGUCUUACCACCACCGAGCUUGAAAAAUAUUUUCAAAGAAUUAAGCCAAGAGUUUCCCGAGAACUUCCAAAAUCCAGAACACGGAGAACUGACAGAAUGGGCGAAACAAGGAGUGUUACUUCUGAAUGCAGUUCUUACCGUCGAUGCGCAUAAAGCUAAUUCACACAAGGGACAGGGCUGGGAGAAGUUCACCGACGCUGUGAUUCGACUCGUGAACAAAAACUGCCAAGAUGUAGUUUACUUUUUAUGGGGCGUACCUGCUCAAAAGAAGGCGGAAUGUGUAGAUAGAUCAAAAAAUCUUGUACUAAAAGCCGUUCAUCCUUCGCCAUUGUCUGCGCACAAAGGGUUCUUCGGCUGCGAUCACUUUAAGAGAUGCAACGAAUUUUUAUCGGAACGAAACAAAACCCCGAUUGAUUGGUGCAAAUUCGAUUGAAGCAAUGUAAAUUUGUAAAUAACAUCUGUUUUCUUACAUUAAAGUCUAUUUUGAUUGUUUUUUUUUUGUGUGAAAAGUUGUCAGCAAUCCAUUUUCAAUUUUUA